CCCCAAAAACCCUGCUUCGAUCUCCGCCUCAGUUCAGAAUCAUAGCUGCUGAGUGCCUCAACAGAAACAAAAUGGUGCAAAAACCAUGGAAGAUAAUACCAAGACCCCUACUUGAAACCAUUUUAAACAACCACGUUCAGCACCCUCGCGUUCCUCAGCCUCUCAUUCUUCACGGACCGAGAGGCGUUGGAAAAACCACUCUCAUACUUGAACGCUUGCUCGGCGAUUGGAACAAAGGCCCCCACCUCACUGGGUAUGUAGAUUUUGCUGAAACCAUCAAAGAUCACCACCCACAAUACAAUCAGUCAUUUCCAUGGACUUCUUGGUCGAAUUGCCCUCCACCCCCUUUGUCAGAUUGCCGGAAGAAGCUUGAACACUGCCUCGAAUCCAUGGCAGAAAAGGGGAUCAUGCUUGGAACCAUCAACUCGCAGCAAAUAUUCACCACCCUGAACAAAUGGCAUGGUCUAAAUACAGCACUCAAGCGUAUACUGCGGAGCAGUAUUGGUUCAAAAACUGCUGUUUCAAGCAGGAUUUCGCUCUCCAGAUUGUGGGAUCACGCAAUUUUUGCUGUAUCUGAUCGAUGUAAUGCCAAUGAGAUUGAUCGGAUUUUGGGGUUGGGUGAGAAGGGGUGUAAUCUCUCUGUUGAGGAGGCUUCGUAUUUCAAGGAGGCAAUUGUGGCGCUGAAACUGGCAAAGGAGGUUAUUAAGGUUCAACAAGGCUGGAGAGCUAAUGCCAUUGCUCAUCUGAACAGGACAGGUGGGUUUUCAAGGUCUUUGGCACAUUGUUGUACUGACUGGCCCUGUUUAUUGUUGGAGUUGUUGUCACAAGCUGCUGAAAUUGAUCAUUUUCAGCCAAAGUUGGUUAUUAACAAUGUUGAAGUUUUGAAGCAUGCAACUCUAAAUGAUGAGUUGUCAGUUAGUGGACCGCUAUAUCAUGAUAGUUUGAUAUGGAGAAUAAUUGCUUUGGGUGUUAACGUGCGUAGUUUACCUGUGAUUCUGGUGACAUCUGAUAGUUACUAUCCAUACAAAGCUUUCUUGGAUUUUGGAUUCAUUGACAUAUUCGUCUCCCGUGAGGCCUUUGGAUGGACUCCACAAGAAGCUAAAAUGCACAUGGUUGCUGAUUAUUUCAGUCACUCUGAAUGGACAAUUCUUGCCGAGUUACUUGGGCCAAGCCCUCGACAUCUAUUUGAACUUUAUGUGCUCAAACAAAGCAAUUAUUACCAGAAGGUCGCUGGGGACAAGAGUACCUUUGAGGACAUUUUGGAUGCUUAUUUAGCAUAUUUGCAAAUUACUGUUGUAAAUCCUGCCAUGGAUAGAGCGUUGGAGAUCUUGCAGAAGUUUGCAAUUGAUGUACGUGCUGGGAAGGUUUCAAAAGAUAAAUUACGUUUUGGUGCUCCCUGGAGGCAUCCUCCGCGAACUGAUGAUCCUACAUCAAACAUGGAAUGGGCAAAGCUUCAACUAAUGGAUUUUGUUCAGUCUCUAGUCAAUACGGAAUUUGGGUUUAAUUAUCUGGCGGAUUGCAGUCUAGAAAUAUUUGAUGAUCCCUCUGCUACUGCACUAUUGGAGGUAGGUUUGCUUUAUGCACAAAGAGACCCAUCUUUCAUGCGCCCUAUAUCUAGAGGAAUCCAGAGGUGCCUUGUAAGAUGGCUUGUCCAGCAGCGGAUGGAACUGAGCUUCCAACACUCGAUAUAUUUCCUGUGGCAUAGGAUAAUACGUGGACGAAGUUAUCGUCAUUUGAUGCUGGAAGUUGGCUAUAAGUAGAGUGUGGGUGUUUGUUUGGAAUUGACAAGGUGAGGAAGUCUUCUAUGAAAUUCAUGGAAAUAUUUUACAUGAGGCUGGUGCUUACACCCGUGCCAAGGCUUUAUUUUUAGGAGUCGUUAAGUUGUGAGGUUGUUCUGACUGUAUCUAGUGCCUAAUUUCCAUCAAAAGGCUCAAGCCUGCCUGACUUCAACAAGAAUCUCUUCUGACACAUAUUAUGGCCUUGGUAUUUGACAAGGUGAUCCUCGGUUCAAUAAUUCCCUCCUUGAAGGAGGUCGUGAAUCCACUUACUUGGAUUAAUCGAUUUGUCUCUGCUUGUUUCAACACUGACGUUUCAAAGAUGAAUUCUAUAAAAAUGAACGUCUGAGCUCAUAAACAUCCCCUUUUUUUUAUUUUCAGUUUCUAUGGGGAUUUCAAGUGUACAGAUUUAUUUUCUGGGGACAAAAAUUCGAGUGAUAUAUAGGUUGUGUUGUAGUUGAGUUGUAUUUUUCAGGCCUAGGGAUGAGGGAUAGGGGUAUCUGUAGGUAAGCUAAAUAAUUCCGUCAGUAUCAUAUAUAUAUAUAUAUAUAUAUCAGAAGAACAAAGUGUAACUUAUGAUUUAAUUGGUGAGAAAGAUGGAGUUCUCCAGCCCGAAUGCCUGAUUGUGGAUCACUGUGACAUCGAAAUUUAUCAUCCAAUCAUGUCUUUAUAUGUAUAUUUGAUGGCUUUGAA